GCUUUCAAUCACCAUUAUAUAAACCCCACCUCUUCCUCCCAAUCUUUCGUAGUUUUGAAUUGAUUGAGAGGUUCAAAUAAAAUAGAGAAGCAACAAAUUAAAGAGAGUAGCAAAAACCAUCCAAAAGAAGAAAGCAAAUGGAUAGAAAAAUAUAUGGAGCAAUUUUAUUUAUACAAGCCAUCUACACAGGCAUGUUCUUGCUUUCAAAAGUUGCGUUUGAUGUUGGUAUGAAUCCUUUUGUUUUUGUCUUCUAUAGACAAUCUGCUGCUACUGUCUUCUUAGCUCCCAUCGCCUUGUUCCUUGAAAGGAAAACUGCACCACCAAUCUCAUUCUUGAUCUGCCUCAAGAUUUUUAUGCUCUCUCUAUUUGGGGUUACAUUGAGCUUGAAUAUCUAUGGAGUGGCACUUAAAUACACUUCUGCAACUUUGGCUGCUGCUACUACUAACAGCCUUCCAGUUACUACUUUUAUCCUUGCAGUUUUACUCAGAAUGGAGACGGCGAAAAUGAGGACAAGGGCAGGGAUUGCAAAGGUUAUGGGCAUAGUGUUGUGUGCAGGAGGAGCUUUAACCAUUGCUUUCUUUAAGGGACCAACCUUGAAACUUCUGCUGCAUCACCAUCUAUUCAGCUAUAAGGGGGAAGUACAAAACACUGCUGCUUCUGGCAAUUCAUGGAUCAAGGGUGUCUUUCUUAUGUUGCUUGCUAAUGCAUUAUGGGCUACCUGGCUUGUUAUGCAGAACCGUAUCCUCAAGAGUUACCCUUCAAAGCUACUAUGUACAACUCUACAAUGCUUCAUGAGCACAAUUCAGGCAUUUGUUUUUGCAAUAGCUCUAGCUAGAGAUCCAUCUGAGUGGAGACUUGGAUGGAAUGUUAGACUGCUCUCUGUUGCCUAUUGUGGAAUAGUGGUGACUGGGGUUACAUUUUACUUACAAGCAUGGGUUGUUGAGAAGAAAGGGCCAGUUUAUUUGGCCAUGACUACACCCUUGGCCUUGAUCUUUACAAUUGCAUCUUCUGCUGUGCUUUUUGGAGAGAUCAUUAGUUUGGGAAGUAUUUUAGGAGGAAUAUUGCUUGUUGGUGGACUAUAUAGUGUACUAUGGGGAAAAUCAAGAGAACAUAAGAUUGCAGCUUCAAAUACUGGAGAUAUUGAGCAAGCAGAGAAUGGAUCAAGGAAAGAAGAAAUUGUGGAGAAACAAUCCUCAAUACCAAAUGCUAGAAUCCAACAACAUGCUUCUUAUCCAGCUUAAUUACUAAAUACAGGAUUCGGGGACGAAUAAAAUGCAUGUCCUCAGAUUCUAAUAAUUUAUCGUAUAUAAUUAGCAUAUAAUUGUAGAUUUAAGGUUAACUUAGAAUUUUCAUUGAGUUUCUAAUAAUUGUGAGAGCUAGCUAUUAAUGUGAUUAAUAAUAAAGGAGUGACGAAAGUCAAGAAAAUGUAACAACAUCCAUCGAGAUCUGGAAAUAAUGUGUUUAGGCAUUUUUUUUAUAAGAAACAUAAAAUAAAGUCAUCGUUUGACUUCUAUAUA